UUCAUAUCCUCUCAUCAUCUCUGGAAUUCCACUGGAACCUUCGUGUUGUGUGUUCUGACUUCUUCUCCUUGAAGCUUAUCUUUUUUCUGCGUUGAACCUCUUCCGCAGAAAAACACACGCGACGGGCGAUUUGUUUGUCAAGAUGCGUGUUGGAGUGCAAGGCUGUUGUCAUGGAGCGCUUGAUCGGUUGUACCAAAUGGCGAGGGAGAAAAAAGUCGACUUGUUGAUUAUAGGAGGUGAUUUUCAGGCACUUCGAAAUUUGGCAGAUUACCAUGCUAUAUCAAUGCCAGACAAGUACAAACAGCUUGGGGAUUUCCCCUCUUACUACGCUGGAAAAAGACAGGCCCCAAUUCUUACCAUAUUCGUGGGCGGAAAUCAUGAAGCUAGCAAUUAUCUGGAUGAACUUCCUUAUGGAGGCUGGGUUGCACAGAAAAUUUACUACAUGGGCCGGUCUUCAGUUAUUAAUGUCGGUGGUCUGCGGAUUGCUGGUUUAAGCGGUAUAUACAAGGUGAAUGAUUACUAUAAAGGGCGUUAUGAAAAGUUGCCGUAUAACUACAAGACGGUAAAAAGCAUAUAUCAUGUUCGAGAAUUUGACGUGUUUAAAUUGAAGUGUCUUCAGAAGCCAAUUGAUAUUGCCAUUUCACAUGACUGGCCCCGUGGUAUUGAGCAACAUGGAAAUGUUGAGGCUUUGUUAAGACGCAAACCAUUUUUUCGAAAGGAAGUGGAACGCAAUGACUUGGGUUCUCCUGCAAACGAAGAAUUGCUUCGUCAUCUGAAACCACGAUACUGGUUUGCUGCGCACCUUCACACGUACUUUUCAGCUACUGUUCAACAUGAAACGCUGGAAAAACAUGACGAUGAACUCUCAGGAGAAAAUUCGGAUCUUAGAAAGAAAACCGAAUUCUUUGCGUUGGACAAGUGUCUUCCGAGACGCAAACACUUUGAGGUGUUCGAAAUUGAUGUUCCUGAAAAUGAAUCAGUUACCGGCCCAUUGAUGCAAUACGAUCCAGAAUGGUUGGCUAUCACUCGUGUAUUGGACAAGUAUCAGUCACAAACUGUGGAACGUGUUAAGCUUCCAGACAUGGAGGAAAUCCAGAGACAAAUUGCAGCGGAGAGUAACUGGGUGGACGAACAUAUCGUCAAAGCUUCUAAAUUGGGUAUUCCUCAAAAUUUCGUCCAGACGGCACCUCCUCAUAGUCGGGAUGUUACCGACAAACAACUCCCGAACACAUUUGUCAAUCCUCAAACGACGGAAUUCAGACGUCUCUUAGGAUUAGAGUCGGCACCGGAAACGGAAGACUCUACGAAAAACACUGAAGAAAUCGAGUUGGAUUUGUGGUAGUUUAGACAAUGACAUUUUUAGUAUAAUAAUCUAAUUAGUUUUCUGGAUGAGAACAACUUCAACAGGACGGCCGUCUUCAAUG